GGGGGCGCUGUCGGACUCUCCCCCCGCUCCUGCAGUUGCAUGCCGGGUAGACGAGGAUGGCGUCUGCGGGCUGUGUGGAGGAAUGAGACGGCUGACCGCUGACUGUUUCCCCGGUGAACCUGCACUCUCAGCGGCCUCAGGUGUUUCAGCAGCGCGGAGCCGCCGGUGUCACUGAGCUAUGAGGAGUGGUGUGGCGUUGCCUCCAGGCGGCCUGGCUGUUGGACUAUGCUGUGUUUGUCCACUGGGUGGCGCCUCCUGAGCCGAGCUCACCGCCUCCCUCCCUGCCCCCCCCGCCCCGCCGCUCAGUCUGUCGCCAUGUACGCCGCCCGCCUCUACGGCACUGCGGGGGGAGGAGGAGGGGGAGGGGGAGGUGGGGGUGGGGUUAAACAGGGGCGAAGGGCGGGGCUGGCCAUGCUCGAGGCACCCCACCCCCACCACCCGCACCCGGCCCCCCCCGCCUACCCGCUGUACCAGGGCCGACCCGACGCCCACAGAGGAGCUCACUUCCACCACCACUACCACCCCCACCCCCAUCCUCACCCCCACCCGCAGCCUGCCCACAUGGCCCCACCCCCACUUCCUCCCCACUACCAGCACCACGCCCACUUCCACACGUACGGAGGGGGGGCCCCGGCCGGAGGGGCCGCCGCCGGCAGCAAGAAGAAGACGUGGAACUUCAUCCACGAGAAGAUGAGCUACGACACGUUCUUCACCAUGAAGCGUCUGAUCGAGCGCUCGCGGCGUCCUGACGAGGUGCUGCGCUGGGUCACCCAGAACCCCGCCAAGAUCUCCCACAACCACUACCCCGUCGCCCUGCAGAAGAUCGGACAGCUGCUGCAGGCCACGCCGCCGCCACGAUCCGGAGGGGACGACACCGACGCCGAGGCGGCGGGAGGAGGGGCAGAGGGCGGCGACAGACGUCAGAUCCUGGAGCAGCAGGACUUCCAGACGCUUUGUAACGCCAUCGUCAACGACUGCGCCAAGUUCGACAACUUCAGCAUCGUCAACUGUCUGUACGCUGUGGCAGCGCUCGGUCUUCCCAGUGACUCUCAGGUGGUUCAGGUGUUGGAGGCGGAGUCUCAGUCCAGACUGAACCAGUUUAACCAGAAGGACGUGUCCAUGGUGUUCAGCUCCAGUAUGAAGCUCCACCCGGGCAGCCAGCACCCCCUGACCGAGGCCUGCCUGGCCGGCCUGGAGAAGAACCUGGAGAGGGAGCGCCACCCGCAGACGCUCUUCCUGCUGCUGUCGUACUACAGACUCAAGUGGCGCUCGCUGCAACCGCAGGAACCUGCAGCAGCGGCAGGGGGCGCUAACGCUGCCAGCGCUAACAAUAACAACACGCAUCCAAACCCUGAGCAACUGCUCGCCAACAGGAAGAUCUUGCGUCUGGUCAAACACACUCUGGCGAGUGUCAGCGGUGUUCGUGACCAGGAGAUGGCGCUGCUGGAUGAGAUGUUGGCGGCGUGCGCUCGGGAGGCAAGCAACAAGAGUCUGGAGUUGAUCUUUAGCUCUCACCUGUUCUACCAGAACAGACAGGAGCGGUUCGUCAGCAGCCUGGCAGAGGAGUUGCCAAAGAAGGUGGACAGCAUCACUCCCUACACGAUGGCCCUGAUCGCCAAAUACAUCGCUCGCCAUCGACUGAGAGAGACUCGACUGCUCGACACCAUCGCCGACUUUCUGGUGAAGAAGGCCGAGUAUCUGGACAGUAAGGUGAUCCAGAAGCUGGUGUUCCCGUUCAGCAGGAUGAGUUACCGUCCGUCCAACGAGCAGCAGUUCUUCUCUCGGUUGGAGGAGGUGGUGGAGCUGAAGGCACUCAGCUCGCCGCUCGCCACUGUCAACAUCCUCAUGUCUCUGUUCCAGCUGGGACAUUUCCCCGGCCUGGUGCUGCACCGAGUCUUCUCCUCCGCCUUCAUCAGCAACGUCACCAACAGUCCGUACGCUCUGAUCGUCCGGCGGUACCUCUCUCUGCUGGAUGCUGCUGUGGAGCUGGAGUACCGCGAGUACACCGGACCACGACUGCAGGAUGCCCACAAGGUCCUUAUGUUUGACCACGCCCUGACUGCUGAUGAGGUCAACCGCAAGUACAGCUAUAAAGGUCUGGUGGCUGAGGCCCUGCGACAGCUGGUUGGAGAACAGAACUACAAACAGGACGAAGUACUCGCCCCGGGCUACUACACAGACUUUGUGUUGUGGAUGGACAGUUCUGGUCGGGUUCUACCCAUCAGGACCGGAGCUGGUCUGGCUCUCAGCAUCGUUCCUCCGUCCUGUGUCGCCGUGGCGUCCAAGCCAGCUGAUGGUGCUGUUGCCGUGAUGACUUCAGAGUUCCAGAAGUUCUCUCCGUUCGCAGCGUUGGAGGAGGGUGCAGAGCCGCCGUGUCAGGUGGGUGAGGUGAUGGGCGGGGCCAUGGAGCCCAGGUCCUUCCUCCCCCACCACAUUCGCAGCACGGCGGGGGCCACGGUAGCCUCGGGGCCUCCACGGCCUGGGACUAAUGGCGGCCCCUUGGACUAUGGCCACUACUACGUCCCUGCAGCGGAGUACUACUCCAGUCUGGCAAAGGAGCACUCUCUGGAGAGCCAGGACAGCUCCACGCUCAGCAGCCCCCCCUCUGACAGCCUGGCCCAGCCCGGGACCCAAGGACCUGCAGGGGCCACGGCCCCGGUCUCACUGUUCCAGUUUUCCAUCGGGAAGAUCCUGGAGGACGAGGGUGGGACAGGGGCCCCGGGGGGCCAGGGGACAGACUGCGAGCUGCCGGGAUUCUACGAGGGCGUGACAUAUUCUGAGGGGUCUGGGGCCGACAGAGGGCCCCCAUCACCACCACAGCUCCACGCCCCCGACAGGCCCGACGCCGACAACCCACUAACAGACCAGAGACAGAUCAGGAGGGUCAUCAUGUCUGUCAAUGAUAAGUGGCAUUACUGCCACAACUCUGAGGUUCUGGUUGGUUCUCGGGCCAUGAGGGACCGACACCUGAGGCUGCUGGGAUACAUCAUCCUACAGCUGCCGUACCAUGAGCUGGAGAAGCUGAACGGCAUCGAGGAGGUGAAGCAGUACCUGCACAAGAAGCUGCUGGACGUCCCGCUAUGACGCGUGUGUGUGUGUGUGUGUGUGUGUGUGUGUGUGUGUGUGUGUGUGUGUGUGUGUGUGAUAUCACGGCUGCUUCAGGCCUGUAGUUUGAAUCCUGGUUCUGGGGUUGAAUCGAGAUCAGCAGUUUGUUCGCCUUCUGAACGGUGAAAUCCUGUCAGUCAAACAUCAGGGAGGAAAAGAGCGAUGAUGUCCUCACGUUAAUGUUUAUUCAGAUUACAGCUGCAACUAACAAUUAUUUUAUCAAUUAAUCUGCUAAUUAUAUCUUUUAUUAAUCAGUUUAUAAAACCUCCUCAUCCCCUGCUGUCUCAGAUUUGUUUUGUAUCUCAGUAAACUGAAUAUUUUACUGUUUUGGACUGUUGGUCCAGACAUUUGAAGAUGUCACGUGGACUCUGACAACUUUUGAUUAACAUUUAUAAUCCAGGUGAGUGACCCGUUAAUCCAAACGAUUGUCCACAGAUGAAUCAACAGUGAAAAUAACGUGUAGUUGCAGCUGUGCACAUUAACGCGCAGGUCGACUCACGGACUCCCACCGGGCUGUGCGGCUUUUUAAAGGACCUUCCCGCUGCUUUCUGACCAUUUUCCAAAUCAUCCGUAAGUUUUCGCGUCGAUCUCCUUCCUGCGGGGAGCCGCUGGCUUCUGUUCAGAGAUAAAUCCACCGCAGAGUCCACGAGUCCAAACCCUCCUCGCAGAGCCCAACUCCUCUAACCGCUCGAUGGUCUGAUGGAGAAUACUACAUUUAUUUCUAUUUAUUGUCUAAACAGUGUCAUCAGCCUUGAAAAGCCAACGUGCAAUAUGUGUCCGCUCCUCUUCGUGUCAUCCAACACAAGAACGUGACCGCUGUGACUUCAGCUGCAACACUAAGUAAACAUGGAUGUAAUGAAUUUUAAAAUGUCUCACGUUAAAAGUGUUUUGAGUGUCCUUGAACACGUCGUGCCCGCACCUGCUCAGGUGUGACGGUGGCUUGUUUUGGAACAUGGUCAGCAGAAAAGUGAAACAACACCCGACCGGUCCUUUAAUGCGUCCUCGUGAUCGCUGAGUGCAGGCUGUGAUGUGAUUGGUCGCUGUGCGGAUGAACAAACAUUCUAUCUUUUUUUGGGGGUGGGGUGGAGUCCCUUUUUAUAAAGUUUGGUCACCAUGGUAACGAUGUUGAUGCAUGUGUGGGACUCUGUUUUUCGGGCGUCACUGUUUUAUAAAAUCAAAAUGAUGGAGCUGGGAGUUUUUCUGUGGUGAGAGCAGGGGCUGAUGGGUACUGUAGUUCUGAGUGCACACGGCUGUCCGGCGGGGGAGGGAGGAGGGAGCGUCACCAUGGUAACAUGGUGCGUGCGCCAAAGACCUGGAGGACGAGCCGGCUUCAGUAUGAUGUGCGGGUGACUGUCGGGGUCAAAGGUCAGAUUAUUUAUUUGUGUAUCAGGUGACGGACGGAUGUUCGAGGAGGGAAAGAAGCUUGUUUAUAUUCUAUAAAUCUAUUAAUUCAAAUGUCUAUAAAACCUGAAACCAAA